AUGCAGCUCCGCAAGCUUCACUCUCCUAAAAUGCAGAGCCUUGGUGGUCAGCCAAUCUAUUCCGCUUUCCUGUUCCCCGGCGGCUAUGGCCUCCCACAUGGACCUCUCUCGUCCGAUGAUGAACUCUGGGCUGAGAUGGAGGUGACAUUAAAGGGUGUCCCUGAGGAUGCUCGAUUGCGACUACAGAACCACAUGCCACCUGCAGCGCCAUAUACAUUCACUCAUGGAGAUCUUACCUACGUCAACAUCAUGGUGGAGGAUGGUUGCCUCACUGGUAUACCUGACUGGGAAGCGUCCGGAUACUUUCCAGUGUG